AUGUAUCGAGGUUUUUGGGUAUCCUAUAAUUAUGUCCGACUAUAUUCUAAUUUUUUUCCUAGGAUCUUCUUUAUGGACACAAUUAAUUUUUCGUUUUGGCCUAAUGAAGAAAUUAACCAUUGGGAGAUUACCCAUAAUGGAACAACUCAGAGUGGCUAUUUUGGUGUUUGUGUGGCAAUUAACCGCGCCCUUGAAAAUGGAAUUCCGCUCACUUCUGCAGAUUAUAUGGCUAAUAUUGAUGAGAAAAUUGUGAAGGGAAUUUUUCAAGGAGAUAGAGAUGUUUCAAUUCCCCUUUUAAAUAAAAGAAUUGAAAUGAUUCGAGAAAAUGGGAAAAUACUUAAUGAGAAAUUUGGAGGCUCUUUUUACAAUUGUCUUUUAAAAUGUUCAAAUAGUGCUUUAAAUUUACUUCAAUUAAUAAUUGAGAAUUUUCCCAAUUUUCGAGAUUUUGCUGAAUAUCGUGGACGUAAAGUUUCUUUCCUUAAACGAGCUCAAAUUUUGGUUGCCGAUGUUUACUCUUGUUUACAUGGGAAGGAUUCUAAUGCAAAUUUUAACGAUAUAAAUAAAUUAACAAUGUUUGCGGAUUAUAGAGUACCCCAAGCACUUGCUUAUUUAAAUGUUUUGGAAUAUGGAAAUGGUCUUUUGGAAAAUUUAAAAAAUAAUAAAUUGUUAAAAUGUGGAGGGGAAGAGGAAGUACAAAUUAGAGGGUUUUCUAUUGAGGCGUGUGAGCUUAUUCUCAACGAGAUUAAAAAUAUUUGUGAAACUAGAAAAAAUUCAAUAAAUCCAGAAACAUUCGAAAAAUUAAAUAAUUUUACUUGUGUGGAUGUUGAUGUUUGGUUAUGGUUGUGGAGAAGGGCAAAUGCUCAAAAAAUUGAAGAAAGCGUUCCGUUCCACAAAUGUCGCUCAAUUUUUUAUUAA